GUGGCGCGAAAACCCUUCAGUCGUGUGUGUGGUUGGACUGCGGCGGUGAAGACAGCGACUCCGGAGUCUGUGCACUUUUAACUCGAAUAAAUCGAUUUUUAUUCAGACUUUUCAAGUGAGUGUAAGUGACUUUCGGACAAAAUGGCAACUGACGUGGUCGAUGAUCGUGAGAUGAGGGAGGCUCAGAGGGAUUAUCUGGACUUCCUGGACGAUGACCAAGACCAGGGGAUCUACCAGAGCAAAGUGCGCGACAUGAUCGGUGAGAACAAAGCUCGGCUCACAGUCAACAUCAACGACCUGAGGAGACGCAACGAGGCACGAGCUGCAAAACUGAUGAGCAACGCGUUUGAGGAGCUGCUCGCGUUCCAGCGCGCACUGAAGGACGUGGUGGCCUCGGUGGACGCCACCUACGCCAAGCAGUACGAGGAGUUCUUCAUCGCGCUGGAGGGCAGCUUCGGCUCCAGACACGUCACCCCUCGAACCCUGACCUCCCGUCUGCUGGGCAGCAUGGUGUGUGUGGAGGGCAUCAUCACCAAGUGUUCUCUGGUGCGUCCCAAAGUGGUGCGCAGCGUCCACUACUGCCCGGCCACCAAGAAGACGAUGGAGAGGAAGUACACAGACAUGACCUCUCUGGAUGCUUUCCCCUCCAGUGCCGUCUACCCCACCAAGGACGAGGAGAACAACCCUCUGGAGACGGAGUUCGGUUUGUCCAUCUACAAGGACCACCAGACCAUCACGGUGCAGGAGAUGCCGGAGAAGGCACCGGCCGGCCAGCUUCCUCGCUCUGUGGACAUCAUCCUGGACAACGACCUGGUGGACGUGGUCAAACCGGGAGACAGGGUGCAGGUUAUUGGGACGUACCGCUGUUUACCUGGAAAGAAGGGAGGCUUCACGUCCGGCACGUUCCGCACCAUCAUGAUCGCCUGCCACGUCAAGCAGAUGAGCAAGGAGGUGUCCCCCAACUUCUCUGCUGGAGAUGUGGCCAAAAUCAGGAACUUCAGCCUGUCUCGCUCCAUCGAUGUGUUUGAUCAGCUGGCUCACUCCCUGGCGCCCAGCAUUCACGGACACGAGUACAUCAAGAAGGCCAUCCUCUGCAUGCUGCUCGGCGGUGUGGAGAAGGUGCUGGAAAACGGCUCCCGCAUCAGAGGAGACAUCAACGUCCUGCUCAUCGGUGAUCCGUCAGUGGCCAAGUCCCAGUUGCUGCGUUACGUGCUUCACACGGCACCCAGAGCCAUCCCCACCACUGGACGAGGCUCCUCUGGAGUGGGUCUGACCGCCGCUGUCACCACUGACCAGGAGACUGGCGAGCGCCGUCUGGAGGCGGGCGCCAUGGUGCUGGCCGACCGCGGCGUGGUGUGCAUCGACGAGUUCGACAAGAUGUCCGACAUGGACCGCACGGCCAUCCACGAGGUGAUGGAGCAGGGCCGCGUCACCAUCGCCAAGGCAGGAAUCCACGCCCGCCUCAACGCCCGCUGCUCUGUGCUGGCGGCCGCUAACCCAGUCUACGGCAGAUACGACCAGUACAAGACACCCAUGGAAAACAUCGGCCUUCAAGACUCCCUGCUGUCACGUUUCGACCUGCUCUUCAUCGUGUUGGACCAGAUGGACGCCGAGCAGGACCGCGAGAUCUCAGACCACGUGCUGAGGAUGCAUCGCUACCGUGACCCGCGUGAGCAGGAGGGAGCAGCCAUGGCUCUGGGCGGCACCGUAGACGUCCUGGCUACAGAGGAUCCAGACGCAGUAGUGGAGGAGGACGAGGAGCUGCAGAUCUAUGAGAAGCACAACAACCUGCUGCAUGGAAGCAAGAGGAAGAAGGAUAAGAUAGUGAGUAAGGAGUUCAUGAGGAAGUACAUCCACAUCGCCAAGUCUGUGACACCUGUGCUGACGGGGGAGGCGGCCAAUCACAUCGCAGAGGAGUACUCGAGACUGAGGGGUCAGGAGCAGCUGGCUGCUGAUAUCGCCAGGACCUCACCAGUGACGGCCCGGACACUGGAGACAAUGAUCCGUCUGUCCACAGCUCACGCCAAGGCCCGCAUGAGCAAAGCGGUGGAGCUGGAGGACUCGGAGGUGGCCGUGGAGCUGGUCCAGUUUGCCUACUUCAAAAAGGUUCUGGAGAAGGAGAAGAAGCGUUCACGACCGGAGCGGGACUCCGGUUCAGAGGAGGAGGACGAAGAGACGUCCACCCAGCGUCCACAGUCGCAGAGACCUCAGAGGAAGAGGGGGCGCCAAGGCUCUCAGGGCAGUGAGGCCUACAGCCCGUAUGACUUCAGUGAAGAGCAGGAAGUUCCUGAGAUUCAAGCGGGAACGCACAAAGCAGCCAAGCAGCCACGAGAGGAGGAGCCUAUGGACGCCACGUCACAGGCGGACGACUCUGAGCUCUCUGCAGAGAGAAUGAAAGACUUCAAGUCGUCGCUGUUCGCCGUGUUCCAGUCCGCUCACGCUCAGUCCGUGAAGAUGAAGACGCUGGUGGACGACAUCAACAAAGAGAGCAAGGUCGGCUUCACGGAGCCCGAGGUCCGCGCCGCUCUGACGCGCAUGCAGGACGACAACCAGGUCAUGGUGGCUGAUGACAUCAUCUUCCUCAUCUGAGGAAGCGGCGACUGUUUCUGCAAACGAACACGCGGACUUUUAAAAGAAACGGUGAUUUCUACAAAGAAAUGUACAUUGUUCACGAUGAUGGAUUUGUGUCUACGUGAGGUCCAGAUUAAUAAUCUACCCAGUCUAAGUCCUCUGCACUUGUUGCUGUUCAAGUUGUGUUACUUUAAAUUUCAUUUAAAGGUCAUUUUCCUUCAGCGAUGACACAUGUUAUACAUUAUUAUGCCACAAUAAGGACAUUAUUAAGUAGUUUAUCCAACAUUGCUGUCAUCUGGGUUUGUAUAUAGUUGAAGGUGAGUUUUGAAAUUGUUAAUUAACUGUAUGUGUUAACUGCAAAAAAUAAAUACAAUAUUCUUUGGA